UAAGGUUAGAGUUAGAUCGGUCAAGUGAAGACAAUCAAUCUAUUACUAUCUACAUUGUUUUAGUAUUGAAUGACAAAACACAAAAAUGAAUAAAAAAGGCCGAUUGUUCGAUGUAAAAAGAUGUUUAUUAUUGAUAUUGAUAGUCAAUGUAACCGCCGAUGUGAAUUUAGGGAAAGUUAAUGCAGAAAGAAAAAUACCUCGGUUAACAUUCAGAGAUACUUUACAUUCUAUACCACGUGAAUUCAUACGAGUAAUAUCUGUUACAAAACAAAUGGGAAAAGUUUUGGAGAGAAUUAUAAAUUUACCUCGUAACAACAGAGAUAGUGAAGAAAUAGAAAAUAAUUUGCGAACAAUAUUCGAUUAUCUUUACGAUGGAUUUGAGUUUCUCGAUAACGUUACUAGAAGUAACAAUGCUAAUAUUAAUUUAAUGAAUCGAUUAUUAUUAGCAUCGAAAUAUAAUCAAACGACUUUUGGCUUCUACAAAACUAUUACUAAUAUUGAAACGAUAUUCAACGAUAGAUUUGUUAAUAUUAUAAAAUAUUAUAAUAGUGAUAAGAAUAGAGAGAUCAAUAAUUUUUUCAAUAAAACAAUUUUCAAUGAAGAUUUUCGUAACAGUAUAACACUGGCAGAUUUUUGCCAUUCACCGAAGAAAGUCAAUGCGAUCACGAAUAAAACAAUCACUAAAAAUAUAUUUCAAAUGUAUUUUGAGACUUUGCAGGAUGAACUUAAUGUGUAUGAAGUUUGCAACAUCUCCAUUACCAAGUUGAUAAUUGAUUUCUACGAACGAGUCUUAAUUGAUAUUCUCAAAGGAUAUACAAUGAUAGUAGCUGGUUACGAACUUUUCCGUGUGAAACAGUUAGGUUAUGCUGUACAAGAAAUCCAAAAUUCAUAUUUUGAGAAAUAUAUAAAUACAACAAAGAACGUACUAUAUUCUGCAAAUAAACUAAACUAUUUGAUAACUGUACAUCAUAAAACAUAUAAAAGAUGUGAUCCAGGUUAUUGGAAUGAAGGAAAGAAUUAUAUUCGCGUUAAAAAUUACGUGUCAGACCGUACAGGAUUUAUAGCAAGAAAUAAUCGCGACUUCAAGCCACUGAAAGAUCAAGUGCCAGAAUAUGAAUGUGGCAGUUUUUCUUUGCUUUCUAACUUUAAAUUUGAAUCUAUUGAUACCAUGAAAUGCCCAGAAAUUUUUGAAACAAAUCCUCCGUAUGAUUCAAUUUGUUCAUACUCAAUGGAAGAUGAAUUCAUAGCUUUUGAGAAUAAUUAUACAAAUUGGAAUUUAGCGUGUUAUGAAAAAACAUCAUAUUACACUAUUCUUAAAACAUUUUGCUACUGUGAUAAACAUUCUAAUAGAGCGUUUAGCAUUCGUAGAUUGAGUUUAAGAGAACAUUAUACUGAUAGCGCUGAUAGUCGCGUUGUUACGGGGAUUAGAUUUGCUGUUAAAAAUAAUAUAAUAUCAAUAGAAAUUCAGGAAGGCAAGUUAGUUAAUGGUACUGUGGAUCCUAAUACUGUUCGAUGGAUCACAGACGAUGGUAUCCCACCUUCGAAAGGCCCUGAUGUGAUCAAGCUCAGUUAUAAAAUUAAAUCAUUCGAUCUGGAUGACAUUGAAUUGCCAAACGGAUAUUUUGUUACAGGUGUUAAAUUUCAAUGGCUCAAUAACAAUCACAUAUCCUUGGUAGUGAGAGGAACGGGAAUGUGGGAGGACUAUGAAUCUUGGUCGUCUUCAGAUCAUAGAUUUUUCUAUCCUGUCAUCGUACCCGAAGAUUUCAGAGAAAAAAUAGAUACUAAGGAUUAUAAAAACUCUGCUGAGUUGAUAAUUCAAAAUGUUGUGUUGAGUCAUUCAGGAUGGAAUUAUGUCGACUUAUCUGUUGGAUUAUUAUCAUCGCAAUUCAACAAUUUGCCAGUAAUUCCAUUUUUCGAUUCACAAAUUGUCGCAUUUAAUCCGCCGGCUCCACUUGGUGGGCUGGGAUUGGUUUACAAAGGACAACCUGGUUAUGGUGGAUUCAUUGCUUUUCAAAUAAUUGCGUCUAAAUAUACAUAUGAUAUUUAUUCAGAGAUGACCUACUUCAACAAAUUUUAAAUUUAAUAUGUCUUAUCUGAUAUUCAAUAGCAUUAUUAACAACACUUUCAUAUAUUUCAAGUUACUUUUAAUCUUUCAAAUUUAAGGAACCUCAGGAAGUUGAGAAACAAUAAUAAUUUUUUUGAAAUUUAUAUAUCGAUGACUAAGACAAGAAUGAUAAACAAA